AUGGCGAACGACCCCAUGCGAGUGAAGCUGGAGCAGCUUGACGCUCUUUCGGGAGAAGCCGAGAACGACCCGGCGAAGUUCGGGCGGCUUCUGAACACCGCUAUGAGGGCGGGGGCUGCUGCUGGCGGAGACACUCAGCAGACGGAGGCCACGAUCGACGCGCAAGAGGAGCAGGACCUGAUGAAAGAACUCGAGUCUCAGCUCUACGGCUGCGAGAUGGACAUCUCCUCCCAGGACGCCCAGCCGACCCAGUACGAUCUGCCACCUGCUGACUUGCAGACAGAAGGUACAAAGGAUGGCUUUGAUGCCACGUUGGAGCAUCUCAUGCGUGAGGUCGGGCUCGAGGAACGCGAGGAUGAUGCGAUCAGAAAAUCUCCAAAGCGAGAGCUUGAAAUUGAUUUUGCCAGGGUCGCCAAGGAACUGGAGGAUGAAACCAUGUUGGCCAAGGAACAUGAGGAAGCUGAGAAAGCCAGCAGAAUGGCGAAGGAAAGGGAGGAAACUGAGAAAGCAAGGUUGGCCAAGGAAAAGGAAGAAGCUGAGAAAGUAAGCAAAAUGAUCAAGCAAAUGGAGGAAGCUGAGAAAGGCAGGUUGGCCAAGGAAAGGGAGGAAGCCGAGAAAGCCAUCAGAAUGGCCAAGGAAAUGGAGCAAGCCAAGCUGGCCAAGGAAAGGGAGGAAACUGAGAAAGCCAGGAUGGCCAAGGAAAUGGAGGAAGCCAAACUGGCCAAGGAAAGGGAGGAAGCUGAGAAAGUCAGGAUGGCCAAGGAAAUGGAGGAAGCCAAGCUGGCCAAGGAAAUGGAGGAAGCCAAGCUGGCCAAGGAAAGGGAGGAAACUGAGAAAGCCAGGAUGGCCAAGGAAAUGGAGGAAGCCAAGCUGGCCAAGGAAAGGGAGGAAGCUGAGAAAGCCAGGAUGGCCAAGGAAAGGGAGGAAGCUGAGAAUGCCAGGUUGGCCAAGGACAAGGCCAAGGAAAAGGAAGACGCUGAUAAAGCCAAGGUGGAGGUCGACAUGGCAACACAGGCGGCAAAAAAAUACCAGGCUUUGCCGAUGAACGCGACAAAGUUGCAAAAGCUACAGCUCUUGCAGGACAUUAUGGCUACUGGGGAUGAGGGUUGCAAGCAGUUCUGCAAGGAUGAGCUUGCAAAACUGAUCAAGCCGAAGGCAGCAACGCCAGCUCCGGCCCCUACCAGUGAUGCCGAUCCUCCGGCCCCUACCACCACGGGUGCCGAUCCUCCGGCCCCUACCACCAGGGGUGCCGAUCCUCCGGCCGCUACCACCAGGGGUGCCGAUCCUCCGGCCCCUACCACCAGGGGUGCCGUUCCUCCGGCCCCUAAUCCCCCGACCUUUGAUGAUGUCAGUGCGAAGAUGGGUUGGUCAAGUCCUGCAACCCCACGCAUGGUGGAGGCACCUGGUACGCCAUCUCCUGCAACGCCUGGCAGUGCAAUCACAACGCCUGGCAGUGCAAAAACAACGCCUGGCAGUGCAAGCGACGGCUUGGUCCAAGGUUCUGCGCCACUCUACAACCGAAAGAACGCCGCCAUGUUCUUGAAUCGCCUGAAAGGCAACCCAAAGAGGAUGCAAGCCUUGCCUGAUGACUUGGCAAAGUUGGUGCGGGACGAAGAUUCAAAGAGCAAAGCCAUCGACUUGAUCGUCGCUGCAGGAGGAGACGAAAAUGAGCUGGUCGGGCAGUGGACUGCAUCGUCCAUUUCUGUGGGGACGGACAAGGAAAAGGGAAAGAUGAAACCUUUGACGGAACAGGAAUUGAUCGGCAAGUACGGUGCGGUCAAUGCUGCGAAGGUGAUGGAGGAAAAAAGGAAGGCUGGUUUGGAGGUUGAUGAUCCCAAUUGUAAAGGGCUCAAGCUUUACUUGCACAACGAGUGGCAGAGGGAAUGGACGAGAGGCACAGAAGAACGAAGCAGUUUCACUGCUUCCGGAGAAGUUCGUGCGGGUGACGCUGCCAACGUUGCACAAAUUCUCAGUGUGCCCCGGCGGGCGCUGACAGGGAAAAAUGAAGCCAGCGGCAAAGAGAAAGACGAAGACGGUGAAACUGAGCCGGAAGCACCACGAGUGGAGAAACUUACACCGCUGGACAAGGCGGCAGACUUAAGGGGGCGGGCCCUCUCGAAGGCCAACCACGCUGGCUCGAUGCGCAAGCAGUUGAAAGGAGUCAGCUAUGCGACUGAAUGCCUCAAGGAGAUGACCAACUUCGAGCAGGAGUUCCAGGCGAUCUACGACCAGGUGGACAAGCUCAUCUCUGAGCUGGUCCACGAUGAUGGGGUCUAUCUUCCCAUUGCUACCAGAUAUCUCGAUAUCGCGAAGCGUUAUGAGAGGCCCAGCAAGGUAGCAAACAGCUUGAUCCGAGCUGCGAAGGCGACUCCGAAGGAUCCAACCGCGCCCAAAGGAUCGGCUAAAGCCAAGUCCAAGAAGCGCAAAGCCGCGGAGGGACCGCAGAUGACUUUGACUCCGCUGGUGCAGCUUUACUGGCCCAGCGCAUGGGUGCUGGAGACUCUUGACUUGGAUGCGAUACCUGUGGCCGAAACAAGCAGAAUAGCAUCUGCCUUCCGGCGAGAUGGGGCAUCUGGAUUUGCCCUUUCACAAAUGGCAAGCAGCGAACGGGAGAGGGAUUUCUUCCGCUGGAUGAAGUUACCCAUCCAGCCCCUGCUGGUGGAUUUGCCUGUGUGGAGCAACACCAAAGAACGCAAGGACAAACAACUGAUAUUUGAGAAAACAGCUUUCUGUCUUCCCAGUGAUGUUCUCUGCGAGCUUUGCAAAAGAUCACUGGUGGAAACCUGUCUUAUUGGACAUUCGCACCUCGGCACGUCAGUAGAUGAAUGGUGGAAGCAAGAACGGGACCAGGUUUACAUACGGGAGAUCUCCCGGAACAAUCCCAACUACCAGGACAUGCUUCCAUUACGCUUUCAUGAGGAUGGUGUACCAACAACUAAGAGCGAAACAUGCAACUUCUGGUCUUGGACCACGCCUUUGGCUAGCCGCGGAAGCGAGAUCUCUCGCUUCUGUCCCUCGGAAAUUUUCGAUUAG